AGUGUAGGGACUGGACCUUCCAAAUAGAGCUAGUCCAGAGUUGUACCAGACCAUCCUGAAUCCUCUGGACUGUUUCCCCUGUAUGUUUCCCUGGAAGCUUCAGCCAGUGCCUCAUAAGCCAAUGGAAUCUGUUGCUAAUAGCCACAGCAUAUCCCUUGCAUAAUAUGACCUCUAGAUUAGUGCGCCUUAAUUGCUUCCCAGCUCUUCUAUGCUUUGGUUUAGAAAAACGAAGUACUGACUUACUGGUGAAGAAAGUAUUCAAACAGUUGACAUAUUUAUUUCAGUCAAGAAACAGUUCAGAGGGAGAUACAAACAAGUAACUUAGUUACAAUAUAAUAGUUACGAUGAGAGGAAGUACUGGAUGCUAAACAAUUACAUGAGGACAGCUCAGGCUGGGGGUGUCAAUGAAAGCCUCUUGGAGGAAGUAGCCUGAUACGUUAACUUUCUGCAUGCCAGUGAAGACACUGUGUGCAUGAGUACGUGUGCACAAGCGUGCAUGUGGAGAAGGUGCAGGAGGAGAGAAAGAGAAAUCACCAAUCAACAGCAGCCUACUCCACCAGCGGGUUAGUGCUGCUGGAGGGAGAUGAAAAGAUUAGGAAGGGCCCAACACAGCGUCUGACACAGAGCAAAGGCCAUAUAAAUAUUGAAGGAGGGCCAGGAUGUAUGUUGUGUUCACAGCGAAGGUACUCCCUUCAGCCUGUCCCAGAAAGGAGGAUUCCAAACCGAUACUUAGGCCAGCCCAGCCCCUUUACACACCCACACCUCCUCAGACCAGGGGAGGUAACUCCAGGACUAUCUCAGGUGGAAUAUGCACUUCGCAGACACAAACUAAUGUCUCUGAUCCAGAAGGAAGCUCAAGGGCAGAGAGGGACAGACCAGACAGUGGUUGUGCUCUCCAACCCUACAUACUACAUGAGCAACGAUAUUCCCUAUACUUUCCACCAAGACAACAAUUUCCUGUACCUAUGUGGAUUCCAAGAGCCUGAUAGCAUUCUUGUCCUUCAGAGCCUCCCUGGCAAACAGUUACCAUCACACAAAGCCAUACUUUUUGUGCCUCGGCGAGAUCCCAGUCGAGAACUUUGGGAUGGUCCGCGAUCUGGCACUGAUGGAGCAAUAGCUCUAACUGGAGUAGACGAAGCCUAUACGCUAGAAGAAUUUCAACAUCUUCUACCAAAAAUGAAAGCUGAGACGAACAUGGUUUGGUAUGACUGGAUGAGGCCCUCACAUGCACAGCUUCACUCUGACUAUAUGCAGCCCCUGACUGAGGCCAAAGCCAAGAGCAAGAACAAGGUUCGGGGUGUUCAGCAGCUGAUACAGCGCCUCCGGCUGAUCAAAUCUCCUGCAGAAAUUGAACGAAUGCAGAUUGCUGGGAAGCUGACAUCACAGGCUUUCAUAGAAACCAUGUUCGCCAGUAAAGCCCCUGUGGAAGAAGCCUUUCUUUAUGCUAAGUUUGAAUUUGAAUGCCGGGCUCGUGGCGCAGACAUUUUAGCCUAUCCACCUGUGGUGGCUGGUGGUAAUCGGUCAAACACUUUGCACUAUGUGAAAAAUAAUCAGCUCAUCAAGGAUGGGGAAAUGGUGCUUCUGGAUGGAGGUUGUGAGUCUUCCUGCUAUGUGAGUGACAUCACACGUACGUGGCCAGUCAAUGGCAGGUUCACCGCACCUCAGGCAGAACUCUAUGAAGCCGUUCUAGAGAUCCAAAGAGAUUGUUUGGCCCUCUGCUUCCCUGGGACAAGCUUGGAGAACAUCUACAGCAUGAUGCUGACCCUGAUAGGACAGAAGCUUAAAGACUUGGGGAUCAUGAAGAACAUUAAGGAAAAUAAUGCCUUCAAGGCUGCUCGAAAAUACUGCCCUCAUCAUGUUGGCCACUACCUCGGGAUGGAUGUCCAUGACACUCCAGACAUGCCCCGUUCCCUCCCUCUGCAGCCUGGAAUGGUAAUCACAAUUGAGCCCGGCAUUUAUAUUCCAGAGGAUGACAAAGAUGCCCCAGAGAAGUUUCGGGGUCUUGGUGUACGAAUUGAGGAUGAUGUAGUGGUGACUCAGGACUCACCUCUCAUCCUUUCUGCAGACUGUCCCAAAGAGAUGAAUGACAUUGAACAGAUAUGCAGCCAGGCUUCUUGACCUUCACUGCGGCCCACAUGCACCUCAGGUUCAAAAUGGGUGUCUCCUGGCAGCCCUGCACGUGUGCUUUCUGAGUGUCUCUGUGUGUGCAUUAAUAUAUGCAUUCCAUUUGGGAGCAUAGCAGCUGUGUGAAUGUAUGUAAUUGUGUGUGGGGGGUUUUUUGUUUUAAGUAGUUAGAAGUCUGGGAAAAUGAAUUUUUGAAUAGUAUGUUACUGAAGCUUUGGUAACAUUAAUUCUAUAGAAUUAAUGAUCAGAGCAAGUUUAAUUUUUAAACAUAAAGGUCUUGGUUACAUAUGUCCAUGCAUUCCAGUUAACACAUUUAAACAUAUAGAAAAUUCACUUCUUCUUUCAAGUCCUUCCCUUUCUAUACUUUUGCUGAGAUCAACCCAAUAUCAUAAGAAGUUUGUGUGAUGCCUGUAUUUUUAGCUAAUUACCAAGGUCUCUGCCUAUGCGAAAAUUCAUCUUUCGGUGAUUGUGAGUGGCCAAUACAUACCUUCUGUAACUCCUUCCUACCUAUUCUAGAUCCUGCAUAUCUACUGGAGCCAUAUGAGCCCUCAGGGGCACUGGUGUCCUGCAGUCUUACCAGUCAGCCACAGUCCAGGUUCCAGCAACACUAGCUACCUACCAAACAAAACACUUCUGAGCUUUUCUUGCCAUUUGGUUGCCUGGGACCUGGAAAGUGUUUAGAUUCUUGAUAAAGAAGGAAAUGGAAGAGAAAGAAAAUUAUAUAUGUAUAUACUAAAGAUCCAGACAUCAGGGCUGGGCACAGCGGCUCCGCCUGUAAUCCCAGCACUUUGGGAGGUCCAGGCAGGUGGAUCUCUUGAGACCAGGAGGUCAAGACCAGCCUGGCCAACGUGGUGAAACACUGUCUCUACUAAAAAUACAAAAAUGAGCUGGGUGUGAUGAUACAUGCCUGUAAUCCUGGCUACUUGGGAGGCUGAGGCAUGAGAAUUGCUUGAACCUGGGAGGUGGAGGUUGCAGUGAGCUGAGCUUAUGCGACUGCUCUCCAGCCUGGGUGACUGAGCAAGACUCUGCCACAAAAAAAAAAAAAAAAAAAAAAUCCUGACAUCCUGCCAUCUUUUCUCUUCAAUUUAAAGAUGAUUUCUUAAUGAUGACUUCAAAAAUUAAUAAAAAGAAAAGAAAAAAAAUGAUUUCUGGCCGGGCGUGGUGGCUCAAGCCUGUAAUCCCAGCACUUUGGGAGGCCGAGGCGGGCGGAUCACGAGGUCAGGAGAUUGAGACCUCCUGGCUAACACGGUGAAACCCCAUCUCUACUAAAAAUACAAAAAAAAAUUAGCCCGGCGUGGUGGCGGGUGCCUGUAGUCCCAGCUACUCAGGAGGCUGAGGCAGGAGAAUGGCGUGAACCCAGGAGGCAGAGCUUGCAGUGAGCCAAGAUCGCGCCACUGCACUCCAGCCUGGGCGACAGAGCGAGACUCCAUCUCAAAAAAAAAAAAAGGAUUUCUUUCCCAGAUAUCCCUGCUCCCUCUAUAGAUUCUUAAUGCACUGACCCUCACGGGUUACCCUUUUAGCUGUUGUGCUGCGCAGGAGCAGAUCCUCUACUUACGUACCCUGUCAGAGUCACAGUAGUGGCGCCCAGUUUUCGGAGAAGUACCCCUGUUAUCAUUCUGUGAUUUCCUCUAGUGCUAAUAGAAACAAAAUAUGGAAUCUACCAAGUACCCAUAAAUAUCCUGUGAUUCUUAUCUUUCUUUGAUACUAGCACUGGGAGUGCAGUGGUAAAGAGUCAUACUUCUUUUUUUUUUUUUUUGGAGACAGAGUCUCGCUCUGUCGCCUGGGCUGGAUGGAGUGCAGUGGCGUAAUCUCGGCUCACUACAACCUCCAACAGCUGGGUUCAGGCAAUUCUCCUGCCUCAGCCUCCCAAGUAACUGGGACUACAGGUGCACGCUGCCAUGCCCAGCUAAUUUUUGGUAUUUUAGUAGAGACAGGGUUUCACCCUGUUGCCCAGGCUGGUCUCAAACUCCUGAGCUCAGGCAAUCCGCCCACCUCAGCCUCCCAAAGUGCUAGGAUUACAGGCAUGAGCCGCUGCGCCCGGUGUAAGAGUCAUAUUUUUUUAAACACAAACAUUGGAUACAAUUAUACAGCAACUCAGUUUGCAAGAUGAACAGGGCUAGAUUGCCACAGAUAGCUUAUUUAGGAGCUUCUGUGAUAGAGGGAAGCUUUAAGAACCAGUUUGUUCACCUCCUUUAAACCUGGAUGUGAGGUCAAGAUGUAUAAAACAUGCCAAUUGUUAGAACACAAAUUUGAGGGUUUCUUAAAAAAACAAUUUGUAUUAGGGAAGCACAAGCUAGGGGAUUAACAAUGUCUGUAAUGCUGGAAGUUGGCCUAUCUUAUCAGGGAAACCCAGGGUACAGAGUGAAAAGCAGACAGGCAGUGACUUCCUCAAGAGACAGAUAAUAUGAAAACAAAAGUGAUACAAAUCAUAUCCUGACAGUGCUAGCCUAGGAAUGCCUGGCUCUGCGCACCUUAUCUAAUCUAAGCAGCUCUCAGAAUGGAGGCUGCACAGCUGGAGUCUCCAUCCCCCAUACCCCCCUUCCCACCUCCCUCCAAUUUCUCAAUCCAGCGCUUUUUAAAAAAAGGGGAGGGAAAUAACUCCACAACUCUGGCUGCUCACUUCCCAGGCUCUGUGCCCCCAACAGCCCUUUCCUUGGAUUGUGUUUCCUUUGUUCAUUUGUAAUCCAGGAAUAAGGAAUUUCCUUUUCUUCUUGUAUCAUUUUCUUUUCUUUUCUUUUUUUUUUUUUUUUUGAGAGGGAGUCUCACACUGUCACCUGGGCUGGUGUGCAAUAGUGAGAUCUCACCUCCCUGCAACCUCCAUCUCCCAGGUUCAAGCGAUUCUCCUGCCUCAGCCUCCUGAAUAGCUAGGAAUACAGGUGCCUGCCACCACACCCGGCUAUUUUUUUGUAUUUUAAAUAGAGGUGAGGUUUCACUAUGUUGGCCAGGCUGGUCUCGAACUCCUGACCUCAUGAUCUGCCUGCCUCGGCCUCCCUAAGUGCUGCGAUUACAGACGUGAGCCACUGCGCCUCCUGUAUCAUUUUCUAUGGUCUAAACUUUUCUAGCUAAAAGCCUAGGUAGCUUGUAUGUAUAGCAGCAUACUUGGACAUGAAACAGACUUCUGGUUAGAUUCCAGUCAAGUUCUAUAGGUGUUAUUGGUUGGCAGAAAGGCUGUUGUGGAAUUCUUCUGGUGAUUUUCAGUCCCUGACCCAGGUAUAUUGUCCUUUGAGUCCCAGAUUAACUAACUAUAGCAGCUAAGCAUUUGAAUCAGACUUCUCAUAGCAGUGUUAUGGGCUGUCUGAUAUAUUCAGGAUUUGUUGAGCAGAUAAGCUGUGUGUGAUCUUAUUCAUUCUCAGCCAUGCCACAGACAUACCCAUUUCCCUUUAGUAAUUUUUUAAAUACAGAGAAUGCUAUUAACUGUUAUUGGAUAUCAAAUAAUUUUAUUUUUCUAAUAAUAUUUUCCAAAUAUUUCUUAAAAUUCUUAAAAUUUAGGUUAAAGUUUGCUGAUCUCUUACAUUUAAUAAAGCUGGGACUUGAAGACUUACCAUAGUUUUCAACUGCCUUGCAAGUUCAUAAACUUCUAAGGGUAAAAAGUGAAUAAGAUAAAUUCAGAGUUUUAAGGUAAAGGCUUUAUAUUAGCUUUUUUUUUUUUUUUAAGGUUUUUGUUUUUUUGUUUUGUUUUUUUUUUUGAGAUGGAGUCUCGCUCUGUCACCCAGGCCGGAGUGCAGUGGAACGAUCUUGGCUCACUGCAACCUCCAUCUCCCGGGUUCAGGCAAUUCUUCUGCCUCAGCCUCCUGAGUAGCUGGGACUACAGGCACGUGCCACCAUGCCCAGCUAGUUUAUUGUAUUUUUAGUAGAGACGGGGUUUCACUGUGUUAGCCAGGAUGGUCUCAAUCUCCUGACCUCAUAAUCUGCCCACCUCAGCCUCCCAAAGUGCUGGGAUUACAGGCGUGAGCCACUGCACCCAGCCUUUUUAAAGUUUUUAAUUGACAUAUAAUUGUACAUAUUUACAGGGUAAAUAAUGAUGUUUUGAUACAUAUAUAAUGAUCAGAUCAGAACAAUUAGCAUAUCCAUCACAUUGAACAUUUAUCAUUUCUUUGUGUUGAGCCUUUAGUUCUUUUUUUUUUUUUUGAGAUAGAGUCUCACUCUGUCACCCAGGCUGGAGUACAGUGGUGUGAUCUUGGCUCACUGCAACCUCCACCCACCGGCUUCAACCAAUUCUCCUGCCUCAGCCUCCCUAGUAACUGGGAUUACUGGCAUCUGCCACCACACCCAAUUUUUGUAUUUUUGGUAGAGACGGGGUUUCACCAUCUUGGCCAGGCCAGGCUGGUCUUGAUCUCCUGACCUUGUGAUCCACCCACCUCGGCCUCCCAAACUGCGGGGAUUACAGGCAUGAGCCACGGCGCCCGGCCAGAGACAGUCUUGCUUUGUCGCCAGGCUGGAGUGUAGUGGCGCCAUCUUGGCUCACUGCAACCUCCAACUCCCUGGUUCAAGCAGUUCUCCUGCCUCAGCCUCCCAAGUAGCUGGGAUUACAGGCACGCACCACCAUGCCCAGCUAAUUUUUGUAUUUUUAGUAGAGACAGGGUUUCACCAUGUUGGCCAGGAUGGUCUUGAUCUCCUGACCUCGUGAUCUGCCCACCUUGGCCUCCCAAAGUGCUGGGAUUACAGGCGUGAGCCACCGUGCCCAGCUGAGCCUUUAGUUCUAAGUAUAAUAAAUAAUAUAUAUACCAGGCAUUUCUAUUAAAAAUCUUAACUUAAAAAAAAUUACUCAAAUGUUACCACUGGAAUUUUUCUCCCUGAAUUGAAGAUACAUGGUUAGAUCAUUAACAAUACCAUCUAAAUGAAGGAAACAUAUCUGGAUAUCCAGUGUCACAUACUUUUAUGUAUUUAUUUCAGGAAUUACUAUUUUGUCACCAUAAUUAGGAAACAGACUGUGUUCUUUAUUUGAAACACAACAGUAUAAAUACUGUAGUAAAGUUGGGUGCAGUGGAUCACAGCUGUAAUCCCACCACUUUGGGAGGCCAAGGAGGGAUGGUCGCUUGAGCCCAGGAGUUUGAGACCAGCCUAGGCAACAUAGAGAGACCUUGUCUCAACAAAAAAAUUUAAAGUUAGCCAGGUGUGGUUGUUUGCACCUAUAGUCCCUGCUACUCAGGAGGCUGAGGUGGGAGGAUCGCUUGAGCUUAGGAGGUCAAGGCUGCUGCAGUGAGCCAUGAUUGUGCCACUUCACUCCACCCUGGACAACAGAGAAAGACCCUGUCUCAAUAAAAAAGAAGAGAAAAACUGGAGUGAGAACUCUCCUCCUGUCAUAAUCAUAGUAUCCACGUUAGGAAAAUGCUUCUGAGAGUAACUUAAAGUACUCUGUGUGCAUCUUCCUUCAAAACCUUGCUUUUUUCUCAGUUUUUGUAAGGUGAGAAAGGGAAAAACCUUCACCGUAGAAAUACUGUCUUAAUUGAGAUUAAGAUCCAAAUAAAACAUGUUAAACCUCCAUAUAAAGACAUUGCAACUUAUUAAAACAGAAAAAUGUACCUUUGUUAUGUCUUUCCAAAUAUCCACACCCACACCCUGUUCAGCUUUGUUAAUAAUACAAAGAUCACAAAUGUGAAGCACAAAUGCUGCUUCUCCCCCUCCUGUUCCCAUGUCAGAGAUGGAGAAGAAAGCACAGUCCAGCGGUGACCUCGGAGUCCUUUGUAACAGUGUUUCCAGUAACUGCUGCCAAUAAAACAGAAUUUGAGUUAGAACCUAUCUGCUGUCCCUCAACUAGUGUCUGAUAGCUGAGAAUGUAAUUCGUUUGUGUGUCUAUUAGAAAAUUAGGCAGGCACCACAGACAGUAGCAACAUAAAGGAACCUGCUUAGAAGAGGUUUUUAUGGUGUGAUUGUGUUUUUUUUUUAAUUUUUGUUUCCUGAAGUAGAAUCCAUAGCUCAAAACAAGUUUUAAGCCUGAGAAAAUAUAAUUUGAGGUGUUUUUUAUGCUCCUAAUGAAAAGAUGAAUGAAUGCAUCAUUAAACCUUAACAGUAGAGCAGAAUUUCACUGUUACAAACCACAUGGGUUCUCCUGGUUGUGCUGCUGUUCUCUACCUGUGUGUCACUGAGUUUGAGCAUUAUUAUUGUUUGAAUCAGGGGACCCAUUGGAAUCAAGGCUUCUUGGAAUUGUGCAAGAAUCUGAGAAAACUUCAAUCUUUACCAGCAUUUCUUAAUGCUUUCCAUGACUUUUGUGCAAUUAUAUAAGUUCAGUUUAGACAAAAUGCUGUUACUUUUUAAGGCAUUACUAAUAACUGAAAAUAGUUACGUCAUUGCCCAUCAAGGGAAAAGCAUUUGUAACUGUCAUUUAAAAAAAAUAAAACUAUAAAACAAUA